AUGGAGACAAUCAAGAUGAGGCUGCCAUCGGAAGCCUCAGAAUAUUGUACCCCCGAAGUUGGACCAAAAGUGUCCCCUUAUGCAAGCCCCAGCUGCAAGGUCUACUUCAAGGGCGGGCAGCCGUUUACAGUCCCACGCGAUCUACUAUGCGAAGGACUCGAGAGGAUUCGCUACAGCUCGAACGAGAUACACCUCGGGAAUGUGCCGGAUGAAGUAGGCCAUGCGGUCAUCCACUACCUCCACACUGGCAGAUGGCAAACCCUCGACGAUGCAGAUUUGCCCGAUGCAGCGAGAUUUUCGAAACGACUCGAAGUCAGCUUACGCGUAUACGGCACGGCGCAAACCUACAACCUGCCAGGCUUGGCGGAGCUCUCUAAGCAGAAGAUGUCUCAAUACGCCGGGGCAUUGCCUGCUUUGCAGGUUCUUGUAUUAGCCUCCGAUGCGUGCCAACUCUUGGGUGAGGGUGACCCCUGGUUCCCUACCUUCAUCAAGCUGCGUGUUGAGGAGCUAUUUCGAGACGCCUCGCCGCAGGACAAAACACGCUUCCUGACGUGUUUUGACACGGCGACGCCAUACUCCAAGAUGCUCGUCAAACUCAUCGUUGAGAUAUGUUGCAACAAUUCGGCCCCUUUCUAUGCCGCAUCCCAGCCUACGCCUCCGGCCGAACCGGAACUACUGGAACCGUUCGUCCCCCAGGAAGUCUGUAAGAAAUGCUACUGGAAUAGCAAGAAGAAAAAGAUGAGAAAGCAAAACGAACAUGUUUCGAAAGAGGAAGUCCCUCCGGAAGAGGAAGUCCCUCCGAUGGUCAUCGCCGCAGAGCCAGAACCAAUGCCAGUACCAGAGGAAUAUCCACCUUCACCGGAGCCAUGCACGCCGAUGCCGGAGCCAUGUACGCCGAUGCCAGAGCCAGAAAUAGAGCCAGAAACAAAGGAAUACACACUGGAGGCAGAGCCAGAACCAGCGGUGGAAACAGCGUCAGACCCGCCGGCGGCUCCUGUUGAGGACUGGCUGAGAACCAUUCCCAAUCCGGACACGAAGAAGAAGAAGAAGAAGAAGAAGAAUAAGACGGCCCCUACUGCAGAUGACGAAUGUUAA